AUGAAGUACGCUAUCGUCUUUGCCGCCGUGGCCCCCCUGGUCGCUGGACAUGGAGCCUUGACUUCGCCCACGCCCCGUAAGGCUGGCAGUGCUCUGGCCUCGGUCUGCGGAGAGCAGAUCUUCAACAACAUGAACUCGGACUCCUACGGUAACAUCCAGGGAGAGACGCAGCUCAUCCAGAGCGACUUCACUGCCGAGUGCAACCUCUGGCUGUGCAAGGGUUUCCAGUUUGAGGACAACAAGGACAACGUGCAGAGCUACACCGCCGGCCAGGUUGUGCCCAUGACCUUCGAACUUCGUGCUCCUCACACCGGAUUCGCCAAUGUUAGUAUUGUCGACACUGCCACGAACUCCGUCAUCGGCGAUGCGCUGGCCUCUUGGGACGUCUUUGCCUCCAACUCCCAGGCAACUUCAGCAAACGAGUCGUCCUACUCUGUCACCAUCCCGGAUCUCGGUGGCAAGUGUGCUACCGCUGGUGAGUGUGUCAUCCAGCACUUCUGGCACUCCGAGAGCGCCGGCCAGACCUACGAAUCCUGCGUCGACUUCACUGUUGGUGGUUCCAGCAGUGGUGGCUCGGGAUCGAGCUCGACUGUUGUUGCUGCGCCUUCGACCACAGCUGCUGCCACAAGCGCUGCUGCCUCGACUACCCAGGCUACUGCAAUCUCCAGUGCGCCUGCCGCGACCACUACCGCCGCUACCCCGACCGGAACCGAUGAUGAGGAUGAUGACUCGUGCGAGGCUGAGGAGACCAGCACCGCCCCCAGCGCCGAGGCCACCGGUGAGGCUGGCGACGAUGAAGACGACAGCUGCGACGCUGAGGAGACCGAGCCCGUCACAAGCGCCGUUCCUACCACCGCUGUCCCUACUACCCUGAUCACACGUACCAGCAGCAAGCCUGCUUCGGCCACACCUACCUCUGGGUCUAGCACUGGAAGCGUUGCGCUCUACGGACAGUGUGGCGGUAAGGGAUUCACCGGAUCAACCACUUGUGCUUCGGGUACCUGCACUGUCAUGAACGAGUACUACUCUCAGUGCGUCUAA